CCGAUCCUGUCUUGUGCACAUGAUUGUCUCCAACCGUCAUCAUGAUGGAUAAUCCAGCGAUACCAGCAAUUCCUACCGAGCUCUUCCUCGUUAUAUUCGGCUUUCUUGAUGCUCGCAGUCUCAUUAUCUGCAAGCAGGUCUGUCAGCUUUUCUUGGCCUUGAUAGAUGAGACUGUUGCUCUUGUCUACACCAUUGAGCUCGCUCGCUACGGGCACGUUGACUAUGCAGCUGCUCUACCUUCAGCAGAACGCCUUGCUCAGCUGCGCGAACAUAACAAUGCGUGGAACAAACUCGAUGGUACUUGGAGCGACAGCAUUCCGAUGCUUCAAGGUCAUCUUUGGGAGCUCUUCGGUAAUGUUCUAGCACAACAUAGCGGGUCAGGGAGUCUCGUCUUUACUCAAUUACCCUCGUCGACCCGUUUGAUCGAACAAAAGGAAUGGUCGGUUCCAUUAUCCGGCUUGCACAUACGUGAUUUUGGAAUGGACCCCUCACAAGACCUCCUAGUUCUUAUCGAGUCGCCGCGGUGGGGACGAAACCUUAAUCAUUCGUUCCAAUUCCAUCUUUGGUCCAUGUCCACUGGAAAAGCACAUGGACUCGCCUCCGUACCUAUCCUCAAACAUGCACAGAAAGUCCCGGAUUACGGAAUGUCUCACACCAUACAGAUAUCUGGUGAUCACCUAGGUGUUGUGUUCCACGGCAACAAUGCAGCGAAAGAGCUUGUUGUCUGGAAUUGGAAGACUGGUCGCAGAGCAUUGUAUCUCACCGGAAAUGAGAUCGGCUCGUUCGCAUUCUUGACUGAAAAGCACGUCGUGGUUUCAGUGUCUGAAGGGACAGAGCUGCGCUUACUCGUCGUGGACUUCAUUGCGGAAUCGUCUGAGCAGACACGCGUUAAGAGUGUUACUCACUGUCUUGCUCUUCGCCUUCCAAAUCUUCACCCUUCAACUGCGCUCGCGAGUCUCACAAUCAGGUGCGACCCUUCGCCCGCGUGGCCGAAUCAGGAUCAUUCCAUCCCGUUUCAUGUUCAUCCUGAUGAAAUUCUGUAUCCCGUAGCACUUUUCACCGGGCAAGGGAACCAUAUCAUGAUAUUCAUUCCGCGACGGACACUACUGGCACAAUUGCACCACUUUCUCACUGAAACGAAGGAAGUUGAAUGGCCAGCUUGGGGUCCGAAGGGCACGCGUAUCCUCGAUUGCUGGAAUCAAGCUAAUGUCUCUCCUGUGUGGGCUUGCAAUACGUUUGGAUCCAGAUUCGUUGCUUUCGAUGUCGACCAGGAGGAAAUCGACGUAUAUGAUUUCAAUCAGAUGACUUUGAAGAGGGAACUGGGCAGUGCAUGUCCAUCGCAAUAUGGCAAUCCCAACGAGAUCCUUUGGCCUCCAGUCAACCAAGAGGACCCUACCAUGUUCGCAAUCGAUGAAACUAUAGUUCCCUCGGACAGCCUGAUAUUCCAAGAAGAAGUCAGGACGUCGCUGCCAUUUCGGGCCAGGGCAGUCCCUACAGCCCUUGGAACAGGACGUUUUUCGGCGAUGUGUAGUCAAGAUAACAUUAUCGUUGUCAAUGCAAGCAGUGUUCUUUUCACUGGCCGGGAGUACCGAGUAUAUACGCUGUGAGAUCCUGGAAGCGCGGAACAUGCGCAGCCCUAGACCAGUUGAGGCCUUCGAAUGGCCAAAUUGACGCCUGCCUUAUGCGAUGGAUACGCGAUUCGCCAAGACCUGAUGCAUACACGCGCGCGCCUAUGAUUAAGGGCUGUAGCCGAACAACUCAUGCGAGCUGUUUGAGCUAUUUGAGCUGUAAUGAACGGUAUGUAGGCUGUAUUUUUGUAUGAGGCAUAUGAGCUAUUCGUUCUUCAAUAAAUGAAAACUUAAUAUGGCUUCGCCGGAAU